AUGCAUCACGGGUGUGCAUAAAGCAAUCCAGAUCUAUGCAUAGAUUGGACUUCCUUGCUCCUUUUGGAUGACUGGUGGCACAUCUCCACACCAUCUGCUCCAUGUCUCUUCAAGAGGUCUUGAGGCCCAUGUCAUCAAACUUCCUUCCAAGAAGAGCAAAAAGGCUAAAUGGGCUUGAGGAAAAAAUCUGUUUCAACAUUUGACCAAAUACCAGGGUGGAAAAAGAAGAAACUGGUUUUUCUGCAAGAUCUCUGCAACAACAAAUGCAGAAAGUGUGGGCAAGCAGACUUGUGUAAAAUCUGUAAAGAGAGAAAUCCCCAGCGCAAGGAUGGCCUAGUAGCUGAAAUUGAGAAAAAGAUUACAGAAGCUUUUGAGGUGUUUGACCGUGAAUCCAAUAAAACUGUGGAUGCCAGGGAGAUUGGUUGCAUUAUCAGAUCACUAGGUUGCUUCCCAAAUGAGGCAGAAGUACAGGAACUGCUUGCAAAGAUAGAAGUAGAAGAACCGGGUGGAUUCGUUCAUCUGGAAAAAUUUCUUCCAGUGAUGACAAAAGUUCUACUUGACAGAAGAUUCCGACCUAUUCCAGAAGAUGUUAUUCUACAUGCAUUUGAGGCUUUGGAUAAGAAUAAAUGUGGAUAUAUUACCAAAGAGGACCUGGUCAAACAUUUGACUGAAGAAGGUGAGCCCUUUACUCAGGAGGAAAUGGAGGACAUGCUUGCCGUUGCUCUAGAUCCAGAAACAGAUACUCUUCACUACAGAGAUUACCGUACAAAGCUGGUAGUAGAUGAAACCAAGACCUUCCCUUUUAAUGUCUGAGAUGCCUUUUGGUAACAGCACUGUGGCUUGACAGAUAGUUGAAAUAUGUAUUUUAAUGUAUAACAAAGCUCAGCUUGUGAGUUGGUGCUUAUAAUUAAAAUGAAAUCUGUGUA